GCGUCCCGUCAGUCGCGCUUGAGGGGUUGGUGGGUGAGGUGCGGAAGAGAGUGAGUGCGAGCGACUUUGGUUGUGUUUCUCCCCCCCCCCUCCGCUCCCUGUCAUCCCGAGUGACCCGCAAACCCGGAGAGGGAGCCGAUCCGAGCCUGGUGAGGGGCGUUCCUGUGGCGGGUAGUCGGCAUGGCGCUGUCGGUGCCGGUCAACGGCAUGAAGGAGGCGGGCGACGGCAAGGAGCCCCUCAUCGAACUCUUCGUCAAGGCUGGCAGCGAUGGCGAAAGCAUAGGCAACUGCCCCUUCUCUCAGAGGCUCUUCAUGAUACUGUGGCUGAAAGGAGUGGUCUUUAGCGUCACAACAGUUGACUUGAAAAGGAAGCCUGCAGACCUUCAGAACUUGGCUCCAGGGACACACCCGCCUUUCAUCACCUUUAAUAACGAAGUGAAAACUGAUGUGAACAAGAUUGAAGAGUUCCUUGAAGAAGUUCUCUGCCCACCCAAGUAUAUAAAGCUUUCAGCAAAACACCCAGAAUCAAAUACUGCUGGAAUGGACAUCUUUGCUAAAUUCUCAGCGUUUAUCAAGAAUUCCAGACCUGAAGCCAACGAAGCCUUAGAGAGGGGUCUUUUGAAAACUCUACAGAAGCUGGAUGAGUACUUAAUUAGUCCCCUCCCUGAUGAGAUUGACGAGAACAGCAUGGAAGACAUCCCUGCCUCCACGCGCAAAUUCCUGGAUGGGAAUGAGAUGACGCUAGCGGACUGCAACUUGUUACCCAAGCUGCAUAUCGUCAAAAUUGUGGCCAAAAAGUAUCGCAACUUUGAUAUUCCCAAGUCUCUGACGGGCAUCUGGAGAUACCUGAAGAACGCCUAUAGCCGUGAUGAAUUCACCAACACUUGUCCUGGAGAUAAAGAGAUUGAAAUCGCCUACAGCGACGUAGCUAAAAGACUCGCUUAAAAAAAAAAAAAAGAGGCGUUGUUGCACGUGUAUAAGCAGAAGCUUUUUUUAACAGACUGCUCUUUUUUUUUCUUUUCUGUUUUUUUGGUCUUUUAAGAUAGCCAUUUACUUUGCAUGUAUCUUGCGGUUAAUUCAAGUGCUACACUGGGCAGACCAGGUAUUGUCAUUUGUCUUUCUCCCUUUUGUGAAAUGCAAAUGUAUAUUUACAUGGCUUGCCGUAUUUUUUGGAGUAUAAGAUGCACCUUCCUCCCCCCCUAAAAUGGGGUGAAAAUGUAGGUGCGUCUUAUACACCGAAUGUAGCCUCGCCCACCCACUGGCCCCCCACCCUUUGGGCUCUGCCUCCCAGCAAUUUACCUCCUGGCGGCAAGCAGCAAGAAGAAACAGCCCAUUUCAGCUUCAGCACAGCCUAAUUAGCACAAGUUGAUUGUCUGUGGGAUGGCCUCCCAACUCUCAGCUGUUUCAGGCUGCAGGGAUUGCCAUGGCCUAUUGCUGCACGGGCCUCUGCUGCUUGCUGCAGGGAGGUAAAUUGCUGGGAGCAGAUUUUUUUUUUCUUGUGCUAAUCAAGCUAUGCUGAAAACCAAAAAUGAAAGUAAAGCAGGCUAUUUGCUGUUUGCUGCGAGGAGGCAAAAUUGCUGGAAGGCAGAGGCAGAUUUCUUUUUCUUGUUUUCCUCACCAAAAAAGGUUUUAUAAUCCGGAGCGUCUUAUACUCCGAAAAAUACGGUAUUUGUUUUGCCUCUGUAAAAGGGCAGAUGCAGCCAUUAAGAGGGCAGUGAAGCCACCAUUGUGGAAUCUCCGCCUCUAGCCCCUUCCCAAACUUAAGUGAUCCAGGUUUGUUUUUUUUCUAGUAAGCGGGUUCUGGUUUCAGGUUCGUAUUGAAAGAAGAGCCAAGUAAUCAUCAAGCUUUAUCCUGAAGUUUCCCAACAGAGGUGUGUACCUAAUUGAAUAUCAUUUCCAUGUUAAACCCACACACACAUGCACACCGUCUUAAUGGGGAAAGCUGGUCCUGUCUGCCCUUUCCUAAAGUAGUAUUUCAUGUGCAAGGACUUACAACUCGUCACCCAUAGCUAUGGCGAACCUGCCUGUUGUGAACCAGGCCCAAGUAGGUAGUGGGAAACUCAGUGUAAAAACAAACUUUAUUAUAACAUUAACUAAUUCUCAGCAUAGUCCAACUAAAUUAAAGCAAAUUCCUCCCAACACAAAUUCCUCAGUCCUACCACCAACCUUGGUUCAAUUAGGCAAACUGCCAAAGGCCUUUCUCGGCAAAAGUUCAGAAGACACCAAUACAAAAAUAAAUGCAAGAAGAUGAAGCUACCAACAUUGUUUUCUGGUAAAGCCCAAACGCAGUUGUUGGUCUUUUAAGCCUUAUGGGAGGGGCCAAUCAUCUCCUGGCCCUACUCCCGAGUUGUCCUCUUUGCUUGAGCUGCUCUUGCCUUCUGGCAGCUCUUCUCAUGCGUGCAUUAGGAACAGGCUCCUUCUGUUCCUCUGCCUCACUACUAUCAGGUCUGGAGGCUCUGGAGUCUGCACCUCACUCCGCGAUGGCCCCGGCCCCACCUCAGCCUUUGAUGCAGAGCCCUCAUCCAGGCCUUCCUCAGCCUCCUCGCUGUCCGAGUCCAUUGCCAGCUCCUCAGGCUGCUGGCGGACCACAACACCGCCUAGGGAAGGCUUGACGUCUUGAUAGUACUACCUUCAUAAACCAUCCUUUGGCUCUCAGAUUGAACCUGGGCUUCCUAAAUUGGCUUAAAGGGAAUGAGCUUCUUGAUGGUGGCCCAACUGCCAUCUUAUUGCAUUUGGAAGGGAAACUUAAUUUUCUUUUUAAAAAGCGAUACCUGCCGGUCUGCCUGGACCAAAAGCUCUGCUGGACCAAGUUGCUUGCAGAACUCUUGGGCAAGUUUUGGGAAUUGCAUUUAUCCAUCAGCUCAACAACAUUUUGGAAUAAGGUCAAAUACCAGGGCUGAUGCCUACUCUCAGAUGAGGAAUGGUGAGGAAGAGGAAGGUGAACAGGAAAUGCACGUUCACAGUAUAUUUUCUCACACAAAUCCAGUGUUUAGUUUUGAUUCUGGAUCAGUUGUUUCUCAAAGUUGGCAACUUUUUAAAAUGGGUGGACUUCAACUCCCAGCAUUCUGGGAGUUGAAGUCCACCUGUCUUAAAAAAGUUGCCAACUUUGGAUGAUCUGGAUCAGGGGUCUCCAACCUUGGUCCCUUUAAGACUUGUGGACUUCAACUCCCAGAGUCCCUCAGCCAGCAAAGCUGGCUGAGGGAUUCUGGGAGUUGAAGUCCACAAGUCUUAAAGGGACCAAGGUUGGAGACCCCUGAUCUGGAUGAUCAGUUUAGAAUCUUGUGGUCUUUUUUUUUAGAAGCUUGGUAUCCCUAUAAACAAUUGAGACAAAUUCCCAAGCUUAUAAUAGCAAUUGAUUUCUUUUUAGGUCAAUAAGGGACAGAAUGUCAGAAUGCAGAAUUCAUUUCCUAAGUCACAGUCAAAGCUAUGCUGGCUAGAAGUACCUAUGGGUAUCCAUAGGACGAGUGUUGCCAGAAAAAGGUGGAGGCCGCAAGCUUGUGAUUCAAACCACAAUGCAUUCAGAUGCAAAUUAGCAAGGGGGUAGUAAGGCUUUGGUUGUCAUGUCCAUCUUGACUUCCUUGAUACAGUAGCUUAAUGGCUGAGGUGCAUCCUUCUUGCUUUUUGCGAAGGUCAAAAUCUUGCUAAAAUCUACUGUUUUAUUUUUAAUUUUCAGGCAAGUGUUCUUUAAAAAUCAGUUUAUUUGCCUUAUCUAGACAACCUGCGUAGUUCCCUCACCUGUGAAGCAAGCCAAGUGCCUUUUCCGCUCUUUUAUUAAGGUUUUACAUUGGGAUUUAUCUGACUCCUACCUCUCUACUUUUUUUUCCAUCAAUGUUAUUAAGCACCGCUAUAAGAUACACAAUAUAGGAAAAACAAAAGUUAGAAAAAUAAGAGAAAGAAAGAGAAGAGAAGAGUUCCUUACCUCUUUACCUGGCUGAUUAUUUUUCAUGCUGCAAUCACAAAUAUAUCAAAAGGUCAGUUGUGGUUUUUUUCCAGUUACAACAGCAUCAAGGAACAAUGCUGUAAUUCAGUUUCAAAAGACCGAUACAUUUGAUUUCCUUCCAUUUAAAAGGGCAGCGCUUGAGGCACGGAAUGACUUUUCCGUUUACUUUAAAUGCUAUGAAUAAUAAGCUUCAAAACGGUCUUCUUUAUGGGGGAUUUUUUAAAAAAAAUAAAAAUAUUGGUAAUUUUUACACUGAUGUGUAAAACUUUUAUCUUGAAAUGCAAAUCAUCUUCUUGUUUGCAAGGGAGUAUCCUUCAUUUUAAGUUUUGGCUGACCAGUUUGCAGAGCACAACCCCCACUGGAUUGAUUAUGAUUUACCCAUUUUGAGGAAAGUCCAAGGUUAAUCAUAGGUAAUACAGGAAAGCAUUUUAAAUUAUUUCGUUUAACUUGGACACAUAGAAGAGAAACAGAGCAAUUCUUGUGUGAGGCACUUGACAAAAAGAUUUUUUCAAAGAUUUCCACCACCCCCAGCAUCAAAUCUUAUCACCGAGCAUUUUUUAUAUUAUUGAAAAGAUUUAGUCACAAAUAGCUUUAUAUGCAUUAUAUGUUUUUUAUAUGGCUGGGUCUCCUGACACUUCCUAAAAUGCAGUAUUGCCAAAACUCAGAUAACAAAGAAGAAUAGAUUAGAUUAGAAUAGAAUUGAAUUGAAUUGAAUUGAAUUUUUUAUUGGCCAAGUCUGAUUAAACACACAAGGAAUUUGUCUUUGGUGCAUACGUCCUCAGUGUACAUAAAAGAAAAGAUCAUCUAAGGUACAACACUUAAUGAUCAUCAUAGGGUAUAAAAAAGCAAUCGGGAACCAAUCAAUAUCAAUAUAAAUCAUAAGAAGAUACAAUCUCGCCUGGGUUCUUAAAUGGCAAUGAUGGCAAAUGCAGAAGGAAUAGUAUUUGUCUUAGUUUUAUCUUCCUUGACAAAAUGAAAAUUCAGUGGCCUGAAAGUGUCUCUUAGAGUCCCAGGGGUCUCCACCCUUGGCAACUUUAAGCCUGGAGGACUUCAACUCCCAGAAUUCCCCAGCCAGCUUUGCUGCCAAAUUUUACAAGAUUUUGUUGUUCCUGCCGAAAAUUUUAUGGAAUAUUGAGCAAAUCACCUUAAGAUUUAUAGGAUUUCAAGCUAGAAGGCCAAACUUGCAAUCUUUAGCCAUUUUUAGGGGGGUAUUUUCCCUCCCUUUAUCCUCACAACAGAAUUGUAUAUAGGACCCUCACCUAAAACUGUCCCUGAGCUACUAGCUGGGAACUGUUGUCCUGAACAUGACAGCAAUAUUUUGCUGGCUGAGAAAGUAUUGCUGACAUACUCAAACGUCACUAAAGUUGCAGUAAAAACUUUCAACAUGCGUAAGUUAUGCCUUCCAAAAAAAAAGUUGUUUGUCAGUUCAGCAAAUAGAAUUUUACAUAACAGGAACAUGCUGAAUUUCCUUGCUAAAGUUGUGAAGCCUUUGCAAUAUUUCAUUUUUUAUUUAGACAGAAACCAGUAUGUACUCCAAACACAUCCCUUGAUCUCACUGUUUCCGUGAGAGCUUAAAUCCGAAUGGAAUGCUGGUUUCUUUCUAUGUGUUCUGAUUAGGUGGUAGGGAUUGAUAAAAAUAAACGGGGUUUGCAUGGGAAGAAAUAUGGAUUAUUGCAGAUGGGUCACCAAAGGAAUUGAGCUGUUGCUGUGCCUUUUUAAAAAUUAAAGUUUUAUGCCUUGAUGCUACUUGUAUACAGUUAUAUGUGUACUGGGGGGCUAUGUAAAAGUUAAAAUUAGCUUUGUACACAGAUUCUGCCUUUCUCUUAAAAGCUGACUUCAAUAUAUAUAUAUAUUCUGUUCACAGUGCUAAAUCAAAUGUUAACGCUGAACACUAAUACCUUGUUUUUUUCAAGUGUGACUAAAGGAGGAAGAUUUAUCUCUUAUGAAGCCAGUUUCCUAGUUAAAAGCCAAAUUUUCUAUCUUUUGACUAUAUCUGAAAAUAUUAUUAUCCAAUAACGUUUUAAACUUCGUAGAGUGGGCAAGAUAUUUAUUUGGCUUUUGAGAGAUACCUGGUAAUCUGUAGGACAUAUUGUAAGAUGCUUCUUUUCACUUUUCUGGAAUAUCUUUUAGAGAUAUACUGGCAAACUGCUGGCAGCUAUUGUUUUAAAAAAUAAAAUAUAUUUUUCACUUAA